GUUUCCAUUUCAAUUUUUUACAUGGUGUUGUGAUGUUGAUAGUUGGGCUUCUGGGGAACGCAAAUAGUGGGAGCUUUACAUAAUUUCCUUAGGGAUUAUGAAACUAUUCUGAUUCUGAUUCUGAUAUCCCAGAGUCAGACCUGGGACCUUUCAUUCUUGAUUUCUCAAAAAAGAAAAUUUUUACUUUACACCUGUUAUUUUUUUUUUCUAGUUUGAGUUUCAUCAACACUGAAGAACAAGAUAAAUGUUAAAUCAUUCUUCCUUUUUUAAAUAAAGUAUAUUAUGUGCUUGAUGUCUGGAUGUCAAGAGGUUACAUGCAGCCGUCCACAAGAUAGAGCUUUGUCCUCCAGGCAAUCUUGGCGUUGGUGGUUAAAUAAAUUGGGCGAUACUGUCAGGUACACAUGUAUAUCAGGAUACAGGAGCACAGGUGGCGUUACUCAGGCCACAUGCACCAGAGAUGGGUGGGAACCGAAUCCACUUUGUCAAGAGAUAAAAUGCAGGAGGCAACAGUUUCGUAAUGCAGAUAUUAUUGGAAACAUUCAGGCUGAAUACAGGUACAAUGAUCGUGUCCAGUAUAACUGCAGGAGAGGUUAUAAAGGAAAUUUCACUCUAAUCUGUAGAGAAGAUGGCUGGCAUGGGUCUAGCGAAUGUACAGAAAUAAAAUGUGAGCUGACACUGCCACCACUCCCAGGAACCACAUAUGAACCUGCUUAUAGAAAUAGGUUUUCACCUGGUGAAAAGGUAACAGUGACAUGUGGGGAGAGAUACUGGAUUGUGGGAACUCGCACACCCUCAGUUGAGACUACUUGCAAUGAGGAUGGAGAGUGGACUGUCAGACCAGUAUGUCAAGAGGUUGCAUGCAGCCGUCCACAUGAUAGACUUUUGUCCUACUGGGAGGUCUCUUGGCGUUGGGAGUCAAAGAAAUUGGGUGAUACUGUGAGGUACACAUGUAGAUCAGGAUACAAGAGGAAAGAUGGCGUCACUCAGGCCACAUGCACCAGAGAUGGGUGGGAACCAAAUCCACUUUGUCAAGAGAUAAAAUGCAGGAGGAAACAUUUUAAUAAUGCAGAUAUUACUGGAAAAAUUCAGGCUGAAUACAGGUACAAUGAUCGUGUCCAGUAUAACUGCAAGAGAGGUUAUGAAGGAAGUUUCACUCUAACCUGUAGAGAAGAUGGCUGGCAUGGGUCUAAUGAAUGCCCAGCAGCUUCAACAUGUGAAGCACCGGUGAUUGAAAAUGGUUUUGUACUUGGAGAUAUCAAAGAGUACAAUGAACGUGAAAUCAUAAACUAUGAAUGCAAUCCUCAAUAUAAACGUGUUCAAGAAUUACCUUCAAGGUGCACAAAGAUAGGAGACAGAGCAGAGUGGAUCCCCACACCUGAAUGUGAAGAAAUAAAAUGUGAGCUGACACUGACACCACUCCCAGGAACCACAUAUGAACCUGCUAAUAGAAAUAGGUUUUCACCUGGUGAAACGAUAAGAGUUACAUGUGAGGAGAGAUACUGGAUUGGGGCAACCCGCACACUUUCAGUGGAGACUACUUGCAAAGAGGAUGGAGAGUGGACUGUCAGACCAGUAUGUCAAGAGCUUACAUGCAGCCGUCCACAUGAUAGACUUUUGUCCUACUGGGAGGACUCUUGGCGUGGGGAGUCAAAGAAAUUGGGCGAUACUGCCAGCUACACAUGUAGAUCAGGAUACAAGAGGAAAGAUGGCGUCACUAGGGCCACAUGCACCAGAGAUGGAUGGGAACCAAAUCCACUUUGUCAAGAGAUAAAAUGCAGGAGGAAACAUUUUAAUAAUGCAGAUAUUACUGGAAAAAUUCAGGCUGAAUACAGGUACAAUGAUCGUGUCCAGUAUAACUGCAGGAGAGGUUAUGAAGGAAGUUUCACUCUAACCUGUAGAGAAGAUGGCUGGCAUGGGUCUAAUGAAUGCCCAGAGGAACAAAAGUGUGGAGAGGCUCCUGUGAUUCCUAAUGGGGAAGCGACACUAGGGCGUACUGAACAACAAGGACAAUCCCAAGAAAUGAUAUACAUUACUUGCAAUGAAGGAUACUCUGCUAAGAUUGAGGAAUUAACCUGUCGUGACGGACGAUGGGAUUUAAAUGGCUCACUUGAUGAUAUCUGUAGAUCUAAUCAUGAUAACUGCAGGCCUCCGCCCAAAGUUGAAAAUGCUGCUAUUACAACUCCUUAUCAGAAGCAAUACCCAUCUGGCUCUGAAGUAACUUAUCAGUGCUUUGACAAUUACAUUACGGAAGGAAAAGCUACGAUUAACUGCAUAGCUGGGGAAUGGAAGGAGCUCACCAUUAAGUGUUUACAAAUUCCACCCUGUGGGACACCUCCACCUCUUGAGGACGGAGACACAAAGACCGCCAUGAAAGAGCAUUACAGCCAUAAUGAAACUAUUGAAUACAUGUGUCAGAGUUACUACAUUAUGGAGGGAGAGCCUUACAAAACCUGCCUCUACGGUGAAUGGACUGGACACAUGAGAUGCCUCAGGCCUUGCAUUGUGAAUGAAGAUGAAAUGAGACAGCAUAACAUCACUUUGAAAUCAAGUGGCACUAAGUAUUUAGUUCAUGAUGAAAUAAUAGAGUUCAGGUGUACCAGAGGAUUACCUAUGGGUAAUGUGGCAAUGCGUCAGAGAUGUAAUAGUGGUGUGUUAGUCCUGCCUACAUGCCGAGAGUGAAAAGUUGAAAUGAUUUCUGAACUUCUGUUUUCAGAUGUGGAAUAAUAAAUCUCAGAUUGUCUGA